AUGGGCUACAUCCUCUACUCUCUCACCUUUUCUUCCUUUGUCCUUGCAACUGCUCUCUACCUCACUCGAAACCGGUGGAACCACCUCGUACCUCUUCCCGACUACAUCUACACUCGCCUUCCUUCCUCCUUCGCAAGUGAUAUCGAGUCCGGCUUCACUUCUACUGAUUUUGACCUUUCGACCAAUGUCGCCGCUGGCGACUCUCGCGCCGGACUUGACCGGCAGGCAAAGCGGGAAGUCCAAAAGAUUAUGAAGAGCAGGAGGAUAGGAUUCGACGAGGCAAGGAGGAUGUACACUGAGUCAAGAUUCGCGAAGAACAAUAUCGGGCCAGAUGGGUUGCCGAGAGACCCAAAGUUCGUGUCAUUUUCAUGA